UCUUCUAAAGCUCUUAAAAUUAGUCAAUUAAGGGCUGAUAUCACAUAUAAGCAUCAUCUUAAUAAUAACUCUUCUCAAUCAACAUUUUUCGAACCUAUUUUAUUAGAUAAAGAUAUUACAAAUGAUGAAGCAGCAAUAUUAAUAGAGGAAGAGCAUGAUAAAAUACAUGAUGAAUCAGAUAAUGAAGCAGAAUUCCAAUUAGAAAAUGAGUUUAAUGAAUAUCUUCAAAAUUGGGCAGAAAUGCUAGAAGAAGAAAGAAUUAGCAUUUUUGAUGAAAAUUUUGAUGAAAAUAACACUAUAGAUAAUAUUAUUCAUCCUGCCAUUGACUUUAAUGCUAAAUGGAAGUUG